UUUAAAGAGAAAGAAGCAAAAGCACGCGAUGGCAUCUCAACAAGAAAGAGAGGAACUCGACGCCAGGGCAAGGCAGGGAGAAACGGUUGUUCCCGGUGGAACUGGUGGCAAGAGUCUCGAAGCUCAAGAGAACCUUGCAGAAGGGAGGAGCCGUGGAGGACAAACAAGGAAGGAGCAACUGGGGAGAGAAGGGUAUCAGGAGCUGGGAAGCAAAGGAGGACAAACAAGGAAGGAGCAGAUAGGAAGUGAAGGGUACCAGGAAAUGGGCAGGAAAGGCGGACUCAGUACCACCGACAAGUCUGGGAGUGAGAGGGCGGCCGAGGAAGGAACCGGCAUCGACGAGUCCAAAUACAGAACUAGGAGUAAUGCCCCAUAAG